AUGGAGCGGCCGGCGGGCGCCGAGCUCUCUGUCGCCUGGCACACGCUGAGCACCGCCCUAGUGCCGCCCGUUGCCCUGGGGCUGGCAGCACCAAGGUCCGAUCCUGUGGGGCCGCUGAAGGAUGCUGAGCUGCAGGCAGCCCUGGAGGUGCUGCGGUGCUAUGACUUGCACUCAGUCGUGGAGGAGUGGUUCAUUGAGGUGCUACAGACAGACCUGCAGGUGAACAUAGGUCCUGAGUUCUGGAACGGCAUCAACCAGUAUGAAAACACAGCUGAGGAGGCCCAGUGCUCCUCGCUCCUCUUGGACGCGUUUUGUCUCCUCAAGUGCCGCCUGGACCCCUACCUGAACAGCCUGGAGCUCCUGGAGAGAUGGACCAAGGCAGGCCUGCUCCUGGGCACAGGUGCUCAGAUGCUGCAAGAAAAGGUCUACACCAUGUUCAAAGCUAUCCUGUUCUUCUCCACUACCAAGUCCUUCCAGGAGAUGAUCCAGCAGUUCUACAGCCGCACCUUCAAGAUCUACAUGAGGCAGUGGGGGAAGGGAGAGGAUGGAACCAACGAGGGCGAGAGCAGCAUGAGCGAGGCCGAGCAGGAGAGCGACACCGAGGAGGGCGGAGGGGAAGGCCUGCUCUGUGCAGGCUGCAGCAGCAAGAGGGAGCAGUGCUGGUGCCCUACAGCCAUGCAGCAGUUUCAGCAGCUCAAUGACAUCCUGCGCCAGCUGCACCUGCUGGAGAGGGUGAGCGCCGACGCCGUCACCACCAUCCUGCACAGGAUGAUCGAGGAGAGGAUGGAGCAGCGGUGCCGGGGCGAGUACGAGCACUCCUUCCUCAAUGAGUUCCAGGAGUGGAUUGAGAAGGUGAUAGGCUGGCUGAGCAGGGUUUUCCUGCAGGAUGGUCCCUUGGCACGCUCCUCUCCAGAAGCCAGCAGCACCUUGAAGCGCUGGCGGUGCCACGUCCAGAGGUUCUUCUACCGCAUCUACGCCAGCAUGCGCAUCGAGGAGCUCUUCAGCAUCAUCAGGGAUUUCCCAGACUCGAAGCCUGCUGUGGAGGACCUCAAGUUCUGCCUGGAAAGGACUAAUCAGAGGCAGCAGCUGCUCAGCUCCCUGAAAAGUGCUCUGGAAAUGCGACUUCUGCAUCCUGGAGUCAACACUUCUGACAUCAUCACUCUGUACAUCUCGGCCAUCAAGGCCUUGCGAGAGCUUGACCCCUCCAUGGUUAUCCUGGAGGUCGCCUGUGAGCCCAUCAGGAAGUACCUGAGGACUCGGGAGGACACGGUGCGGCAGAUCGUGGCUGGGCUCACCGGGGACACGGAGGGCUCUGGUGAUCUGGCAAAUGAGCUCUCCAAGGCUGACCCAGUGACCCUGGAGAAUGGCCAGGAGAGUGAUGAUGACAUCUCAGAACCAGGGGACUGGGUUCCUGAUCCAGUUGAUGCAGAUCAAGGGAAGUCGAGUUCCAAGCGCCGCUCCUCGGACAUCAUCAGCCUGCUGGUGAGCAUCUAUGGCAGCAAGGAUCUGUUCAUCAAUGAGUACCGCACGCUGCUGGCCGACAGGCUGCUGCACCACUUCAACUACAGCGCUGAGAGGGAGAUUCGCAACGUGGAGCUGCUGAAGCUGCGCUUUGGGGAGGCUCAGAUGCACUACUGUGAGGUCAUGCUGAAGGACAUGGCUGACUCCCGGCGCAUCAACGCCAACAUCUGUGAUGAGGAAGAGAAGCUCCCCAAGGAGGAGAGGCCUCCCUUCAGCCUCACUGCUGUCAUCCUCUCCAGUGAGUUCUGGCCACCACUGAAGGAGGAGAAGCUGGAGCUUCCAGAGCAGAUCAAGGAAGCCAUGGAAGCCUACUCCAAGAAAUACGAGAAACUGAAGGCCAUGAGGACCCUGAACUGGAAGUACCACCUGGGCCUGGUGAGCCUGGAGGUGGAGCUGGCCGACCGCACCCUGUCGCUGUCUGUCUCUCCUGUGCAUGCUGCUAUCAUCCUGCACUUCCAGACCAAGAGUACAUGGACACUGACAGAGCUGAGUGAAGUGCUGAAGGUGCCUGUGACCUCGCUGAAGAGGAAGAUGACUCUGUGGCUGCAGCAGGGGGUCCUGCGUGAGCAGCCCCAGGGCACCUUCACUGUGAUCGAGGAGGAGCAGAAGGACCAGGUGGAGAAGGUUGUUCUGAUAGACAGUGAUGAGGAGGGGGACUCUGCCAUGGCAUCACAGGCUGACCAGAAGGAGGAGGAGCUGCAGCUCUUCUGGACAUACAUCCAGGCUAUGCUGACCAACCUGGAGAGCCUGUCCUUGGAGAGGAUUCACAGCAUGCUGAAGAUGUUUGUGAUGACAGGCCCAGUGGUGACAGAAAUCAAUAUCCAGGAGCUGCAGGACUUCCUCCAGAAGAAGGUCUGGGACCAGCAGCUCAUCCACUCCGGAGGUGUCUAUCGCCUGCCCAAGAACUGCAACUAG